AUGCUUUGCCUUCUCGCCUGUAUUGGCAUGUACUUGCAACAAGCUGCUGGAAUUGCCACUAGUCACCAAUCUUUCUCAAGCGGCGAUGGAUGGAGGUACAGCUACGGAAUCGUUCAUGGACCGCACGGAGUAGGCCAUGCAGAAGGAGAAUCGUACCCACACGGCUACGGAGGAUUUGGCACCUACGCCCCAACUUACGGUUACGACGGGUUCGGCCUCGUCCACCACCACGAAGCACCUCACGGCAUACACCACGAGAUCCCUCAUGAAGUCCAUCACGAAGUACCUCACGUGCUCCCAGUCCCAGCAGUCCACGCCCCACUCCCCGCAGUACACGCCAUCGAGCAAUUCCCAUCGUACCAUGGCACCCCUCUUCCCUACAGCUACCCUUACAAGGGAGAGGCAGUUCUUGCCUACGGUUAUCCACACAAGGAAGAGGGUGCUCUUUCCUACGGUUAUCCACACAAGGGAGAGGCCGCUCUUUCCUACGGUUAUCCAUACAAGGGCGAUGCAGUGAAGUUCUUGGAGCCGAUCAAGGCCAUCCAAACUCUGCCUCACGCCCUACCGCACGCAGAGGGCAAACCAUUCUCAGCUCCUGAGUACGUCCUCCCUUCCUAUCAGGCAGGCCAGUACUACGGCAGCGGGUACCUCGGCGACUACAGCGACCUCUUCUCCCAUUACUUCAACAACAACGACGACCACUUGCUCAGCAACUUCCGCGGGUUCGAGGAUGUGGUACUCCCCGAACACGGUCUCUAUGGUGAUUACCUCGACGAUCACUACAAGUCCCUUUACAAACCAAACUAUAACGACUACUACGGCUCAACGUCCUACCAUCAUUAA